GGCUCCCCAAUCCCCAUAUAAAAAAGUCCCACCCUCCAAGCAGGCUCCAAGCCGCCGCGAUAGCAAUAGAGCCCUUUUCUCCUCUUCUUUCCAUCCCAAGUCUCAACAUCUUCAGUUCAUCACCAAACAUCAACGCGGCCACCAUAUAUAUGGGUCCUCAGCAAGAUCGGCGGCGUUCCAUGGCGAACGGCACGGCGGCGAGGAAGGAGACGAAGGUGGUGCACGUGCACUACCGGGAGUGCCAGCGCAACCACGCGGCGGCCAUCGGCGGGUACGCCGUGGACGGGUGCCGGGAGUUCAUGGCGUCGGGCGCGGAGGGCACGGCCGCGGCGCUCAUGUGCGCCGCCUGCGUGUGCCACCGCAGCUUCCACAGGCGCGAGGUGGAGGCCGACAUGGACUGCUCCUCCACCACCUCUGGCUGAAUAAUCUCGAUCGAUCUGGUUUGCAGUACAUGUGCGUGAUCGAGCUAGCUGCAGAUGGCCUGAUGAGGUCCGAUCGAUCAUGGGUGGCAAAGGCAUUGAAAUGAUUGGUAGGUAGGUGCAUGCAUUAUAUUCAACCGUAUUUGGAAUGGACAUGUAUAUUUAUUUUCUUCUCUUUUUUUUCUUGGUCUUGGAUUUGCAGUGAAACUUGUGUAUGUGUUGAUCGUUGGUGUAUGGUGCUUGUAACUGACGUUAUGUAUAUAUAUAUAUAGUCAAAGUGCUUUACUUGUUGUUGCCGUAUAGAAAUGAAAACCUUGUCAUAUUUUGUAGA